GAUUGUUUGGAAUGAUGCAAAAGAUGGCCGACUGUGCAGACAAUCCAUGAACUUGAAAAUUUUGAUAUGGUGUUUUAUCCAUCAGAAAAGUAUUUUGUCAUGUCAAACACACGAGGCAUUUUGUAUUGUUUAUGAUAACUGAUGUCGAUCACGUGUAAUAGCACUGGGGGCUUGUUAUCGGAAAAUGUUAUGUCAAUUAGCACUUAUGCAUAGCAAUCGAUAAACGUACGUUUGAUGUCGGCAGCGAAGAACAGGAAACUUUUAUAGACCCAGAAUGGAUAAUUCACCAUCAGAUGUUCCAAAAGGAUUUACAAAUCAUGAAGCUCUCAAGAAUCUUAAGGAUGAAAUGUCAAAUGCAGUGCAGCAGCAUGAAGAGAGGGAGAAACAGCAGCCUUUUGGUUUUCAGUUUGAAUCUUUUAAUCCUUCUAGAAUUGAAUCGACUUUUCACUGGAGUGGUUGCUUCAUUGUAGCCACCAUUGCUGUUUUAUUACUAGUCACCUUUGGGAUAAGUACACAAAGCUCUGACAAUGGAUUUGGAUGGUACAAAGUUGAAUUUGUCGUUUGUGUUUUUACCAUUAUUAUAAAUGUUUGGUUUUCUGUGUGGAAUACUCGACUACAUAGAAGGGAAUUCAUUCGUCUGUCAAAACUAGCACUGAAGCAGAUAGAAGACUGUUUGUCGAAAACAAACUGGAGCUUCACAGAUUUCCCGCCGGUUCAUUCACCAGUCUCACCAUGCAUUUCCCUACAAUGGACAAUCAGAGAUGGGCAGAGUACAAAUGUUCCAGUUCCUCUCCUGGUCAAAGAUGACAUAAUCCUGUUGAGACCAGGACAGAGAGUACCAGCAAAAUGUGUGAUUAUGCGAGAGAACUUGGAUGGGUAUAAAACUUUGAUGGAGGGGGAUAUUUACAUACAAGAAAGAGAAAUGGAGAAAAGACGACUAAGUGCAGAUGUACCACAGAGUAAAUCCCCAGUGUCUGUCAGUCAUUUCAGACUGCUAGAGACUCCGUACAUAUCACAACUGAGGAAGAUGCUGAGUAAUAAAGUGAAACACCCUGUUAGUUCAGCAGAAAAUGAAAGAUACAACAUCACAUGUUUAUGGCUGGAGAGAAGAAUACUCCCUUUUGUAGCAAUUUUACUGCUGGUUGUGAAUGUGUUGAGAAGCAUGUACAUUCCUGGACAUGUUGGUCACUGGACAGAGACAGUCAUCAUUCUACCUAUCAAUGCUAUAUUACCACUGACCCCUCUUUUCUUGCCCAUUUUGUGGAGGAUGGUCAAUUACUAUGGACAAGCUAGAGUGUAUGCUGCAUUUAAAGUAGCCAAGGAGACAAAGGUGUUGUGUGAGGAUAGCUUUAGCAGUGACAGCAACAUAUCAGAAGAUGAAGCGAAAGUGGACAUACAGAUUGGUCAGAUUUUAAAUCUGUACUGGGACAUAGCUAACGGUCAAGGUUCCAUCAUCACUCGACAAGUCAACAUAGCACAGACUCUGGGUUCAGUGACGUGCUUCUGCUGUGUGGACAAGAAAGGAAUCCUUUCAUGGCCCAAUCCUUCGGCGGAGAAAAUUUGUUUCCUGACUCCUGAAUCUCAAAGAGAAGCAGUCAAUGAAGAGGAGGAUCAAGGAUUUUCUAAUUCUUGUGAUAAAAUCAACCACCAUCCAGAUGGCAUUGAGAAACAUAUAUCCCAUGGAGCAGGAAGCAGCUUGGAAGUCUUAGACCUUACUCAUGCUGCCAUGAACGCAUUUGAGUUGCAGUUUGACGACCCAGGAUGGAUGAAGCACAUGUCUUCUCUUAAGCCCUUGGGUCUGAAUAUCCUAGCCAACACCUGCAAUGAGAAGACGAUGGACUUGUACAUGAAGUUUACCGAUCAUGUGGCCUCUGAGGCUUUGGCCAAUGAGGACACUGUGGCUGUAGUCAAUAGAAGAUGCCUGUGCGAGUUGGCUCGUCAGAUUGGAUUCACAGAGAAAGCUUUGGAUGGGUUCAUGCUUGACAGAAUACUUUGCCUUUAUCGGCAGGUGUCUCCAGAGGAGUCUGCCAAGGCCAAGGUCCACCGAGCUAAAUCCUUUGUACAUCACCAGAUUCCAAUGCCUAACAUGUUCUCUGUGGUGCUGAAGGAGAAAAUGUCUGGUUCUAGUCAGAUUUUUUCCCAGGGAACAGGUGACAUUCUGGUUGACUGCUGCAGUGACUUCUGGAAUGGAGAAGAUGUCUGUCCAUUGUCUGAAAACAUCCGGAAAAAGAUUUUGGACUUCUACCACAGAUCAAGCAUGGCUGCCUAUUGCACUGCCUUUAGUUACAGACCUAUGACUCAGUACAUAUCACCACACCUCUGUGAGAAUUUUAUACAGCUCCCUCAGUACUGGUCAAGCACACAGGAGCCAUCCUCUAUCUCACUGAGCUCUGAUGCUGACCUUCAUUUUGAGUCCCAGCUGUGGAAGGAGUCGCGGGCCUUCAGUAUGGACUCGCUAUUUGACAACACCAGCACCUCAUCAGUAGAGGACACAAUGGGCUGUUGUCAGGCUCAGAGUAAUCAGGUCUUCAUUGGCAUGGUCACCAUGCAGUAUCAGGCCAGGCAGGAUUUUGUUCAGCUUAUUGACAAAUUAGAAAUUGCCUGCAUUAGAUUUGUCCAUUUUUCACAAGAAAAUGAAGUCAGGAGUAGGGUAUUUUCAGAGAAGAUGGGACUGGAGGCAGGUUGGAAUUGCCAUAUUUCCUUAAGGUCAGACUUGGGAGUGGGAACAGCACCAACCAGUGCUUCAGUCUCGCAGGUCGAGCUCUACAAUCGCUACUCCAGCCGUCACUCAUCUGACACUGCAGCCAAAGAGACAAAUGCCUGUGCCAGGCUCUGUCAAUCACAAGAUUCAAUCAGAUCUCGCAGUCACAGUGCACCUAGUAUCGUCAAUUUAGACUCAUCCCAAGUGCGAUUUCAGAUGUCUGACGUCGGUAACGGCAAGUCCAGGCAGCGGUUUUUGAGUGAACAUGAUUGUGAGACUGGGAUGCCAACAGACAAUCAAAAUCAGGAAAGUCCUCCAGAAAUUUUUGGUAAUGAAACCACUCCACUGAAUUAUGAGGGAGAUGGAGAGAUCAUUUUGAAGUCGUAUGAAUGGACCAACCAGAAUUCAGAUAAUAUGGGGAGUGGUAGUAGAAAUGCUUCUAGUUAUCUGACUGAUGACAGCUUAACUGGUGCUCUUGAUAAUCGAGCUAGGUUACCAAGAGGAAUAGAGAACAUACGACCUCACUUGGAGAACGUAGACAAUGUUCCUUUGUUAGUAAACCUCUUCACAGAUUGUACCACUGAAACCACCCGUGAAAUGAUGGAAAUCAUGCAGGAGUAUGGAGAGGUGGUAGUCUGUGCUGGUAGUAAUCUCAACAUCGACAAUAUCAAUUUGUUUCUACAAGGGGACUGCAGUUUAGCAGUUGAGCCUUUGUAUCCAGUAGUGUGUGCUAAGAAUGUCUCUACAGUGAAUCCGAGUGGAGAUAGCUUACACUCCCCCAUGGCUUUGGCUGCCUCUCUGAUCAGCAUGCCUUGUCCGUUAGUCUUCAAGUUCAGAGACAAUAUUGGAGUGAUCCAGCUCAUAACUGAGGCUCGGACAUUUCUGUUGUCCCUGAAGAACACGUUUUAUCUGAUGCUGUGUUACCACCUGUCUGUGACCCUGGUACAGGUCCUGGCCUCCCUCCUCCUCCUCCCCCCAGUCCUGGCCCCUCAACACCUGCUGUGGCUCCUCAUCUUCGUCAUCCCCCUCCUCAGCCUCAGCAUGCUAGGGAAUGCUGUGGACUUCAGGAUUAUGAACAAUGCCACGGUCAAAUAUCCUAAAACAUUUACCAAAGAGAUGAUAUUCCAGUUUCUCUGUUACUACUGUUUGAGAUUCCUGCCAGCCAUUUUUGUGUGUUUAUUUUGCUAUACGUUUACACUCCAUUCUUUUUGUGAGAAUGUCUCUCCACAUUUCCAGUAUUCUUGUGCAAUAUUUAGUUUUAGCCCACAAAAUAGCACUGUAACUUGGUACGAAAAAUAUUCAGGAGGUCUCAUUGUGGCUCAAAAUGUAUUCCUCCUCUUGUUGGUUUUGUAUUUUGCCACAAUAUCAGUGAGCUUUGUGCACUGGUCUGACCACCUUUGGCAGCAGUUUCCCACAUCCAACAAAGUAUGGAGUGUUGCAGUCUUAGCCGUGUUGUUGCUCCAGUGCGUGUUUUUUGCCUGUGAUAUUGUUAUCAGAAGUGGCAGUUUGCCUUACACUCUGUCCCUGGGGGAUGUACACCCAGCAGUUUAUGCCGUAGGAUUUCUCUUCCCCUUCAUCAUCAUUGUUAUCAACGAACUGGUGAAAAGGAGAGAGGUCAAAUUGUACACAAGAUACCAAAAGAGAAGAAGACUCAGUUUUGGAACAAAAUUAGGAAUGAACUCUCCUUUUUAGAUAGGAUCAACUUUUUCAUAUAUUGUGAACAUUUCUUGUACAAAGUGCAUUGUAUAUGUGAUUUUGAUGGCUCAAUGUAUGGAAGUUGUAAAUUUUGUAUUGUUUUAAUGAUUCAAAAUGCCAAGAAAUCAUGGGAAGAAUUAUUGUUGAAUGUGUGCCAUACUAGUUAUACUGUUAACUAGUGAACUGUUAGCUUUUUAUUGUUUAAUGGAAUUUUUUAAAAUCAGAUCUCCACAUACCAAAUGUUUUCCAGGCUGCACUGUUUUGUUUCUUAGACUGAAACUUGUACAAUCAAAGAAUGGUAGUAAACAUUUGUAUGGAUAUGUUAAGAAUGAUGCAUUUAUGUUUGAAAGAUAUGGUAUGAGAAUAACAAAAUAUCCUCAAGUAAUUAAUAAAGAAAGAAAA